AAUGUAGCACCUGUCUCGUCCCCAAUUAUAAUUACAAGAGAUAGUGCAAUAGAAUAAUUUCAAAACGUAUAAUCAUCUAGAUAUUUAGGUGCACUAAUAAAAGUAAUAAACUCAGUCAAUCUUUUAAUCCUUGUGGAUUGAUUGCUCAAAGUUUGAGUCCUACUCAUAAAGCUAAUCAAAGCACAGGUUUAUAGGGAAUUGAUUUAAGAGUAUUAAAAAAAUAAGGACCUCCAGUAUAAGCUAAACAAUAUUAGUAAGAAUUAUUGAAGUUGAUGAUAAGUCAUAAAUAACUACCAAUUUAGAAAUCAGUUUAAAAAGUUAAUACUUCUGAUACAUCAAAUAAUUUAAAAAGUAAUAUAACUACAGAUACUAGAAGAACAAAUUCAAAUUAAUAUUAAAAUACUAAUGCAUAAACAACUAAAAACUAAGGUUUUAUUAAUUUAGCUAAUCAGAUAAUUAUAAUAGUUCAUUAUGAAAAUUAAUAAAUAAAAUUUCCAAUUGAUCCAUCUAAAACAACAGGAUGGUUGGAUGAAUAUUUAAAAUAAGAAAUUAAAAAACAUUCUAUACAUUAAUAUUCAUCUACAGGUUCCCAACCAGAUCAUGUUAAAAUAACUUGUGGUACUGGAAAUGAAUCAACAAAUCCUGAGAUAGUCUCAUUCCAUACAAUCGAUAAAAAUUUACCUGUUGAUUAUUACUUACAAUAAACUAACAAACCUCUUGAUAUUUUUAGUGGUUAAACUCUUAACUUAUAACCAUUUUUUGGUACUCCAUAAACAUCAAAGGUUUCAUUAAAAGAUUUUAUUUUUGUUAAAUGUAUAGGUGUUGGAGGUUUCUCAAGAGUGUAUAUGGUAAAAAAGAAAUCAAAUGGAAGAUUUUAUGCAAUGAAAUUAAUUGAUAAAGAGUUUAUUUUAUAACAUAAAAAAUAAGGUAAUAAAUAUAUAAUUAUAUAUUAGGAAUUGUUUAAAAUGAAAGAGAUAUUAUGACAGUAUUAGAUCAUCCUUUCAUAAUUAAAUUAGAAUAUGCAUUUGAAUCUAAAAACUUUAUUAUUUUUGUACUUGAAUUUUGUAGUGGUGGUGAAUUAUUUUGGUAAUUAAGACAAGUUAAAAGAAUGACAGAAUAUUAGGCUAGAUUUUAUUUCACUGAAAUAUGUCUUGCUAUGUUUUAUUUACAUUCAUUAUCAAUUGUUUAUAGAGAUAUUAAACCUGAAAAUAUAUUAAUUGAUAUUGAUGGACAUAUUAGAAUUGCAGAUUUUGGAUUAUCUAAACCCAAUAUGUCUGAAGAAGAUUAUGCUUAUAGUUUCUGUGGAUCUCCAGAAUAUAUGGCUCCUGAAAUGCUAUUAAAAAUUGGUCACAAUGUUUAAGUAGAUCAUUAUUGUCUAGGAGCAUUAUUAUAUGAAUUAGUUACAGGUCUACCACCUUAUUAUUCUAGAGAUACAGAAGAAAUUUAUGAAUCUAUUCUUAAUGAAGAACUCACAUUCCCAGAAAAAUUAAAUUUGUCAAAUGAAAUUAAAGAUUUACUUAAAGGAUUAUUAAGUAAAUAACCAUCUGAAAGACUUUGUGCAAAUAAAGGUUUACUUGAAUUAUUCACUCAUCCUUGGUUUAAAGAUUGUGAUCUAGUUUCCAUUCUAUUAAAAAAAGUUUAACCUCCUUUUAAACCAAAUUAAUUAUAAUUUAAUUAUGAUUCAAAUGAUUUAAUGAAUGGAGAAUUAGAAACAAGAGAAAAACUAUUAGGAAAAACAGGAUUGUAAUAAGAAAUUAAAAUCUUUCAAGAUUUUUACUUUGAUUAAUCAGAAUAAAAAUAAAUGAAAAUUGAAUAAGCUAAAGUCUUAAAAUAACAUUGUAUUAUGAUUACAUCAUUAUAAAUGCAAUUACUUUAAAAAUUUAAGAGUAUUAGAAAAAGUACAGAACCAAAAGAGUCAAGUAAUUCAAAACCUUUAUCACCUUAUACUGGUUCUCGUUAAAUUAAUUAAAAAUAAAAGAUCUAAUCUGAAUAAAUGUCAUCAUUAUAAAAAAGAAUUAAAUCUUAGUAAAUCUAUAAUAUUUAUUUUAUAGACAAUCAUCCUUAGGUAAUGUUCAACCAAUUCAACCAAAUUGUAUAGUAAGCCCAUAAUAAUCAAAAAUAGAGAGUCUUAAAAGAAUAAUUUCAUAAAAUAAUUUCUUUAUGGAUCGCUAAAAUACAUUACCAACCAAUAAUCAAUAAGCUGGUUAAAGUAAAGACAGCAUUGAUUCCUAACUAAUUUAUUAAAAUAGUCAAAAUAUGCAUAAACGUGUGUUCUCAUUAAAAUAAAGAAAAAAAUGA